GGGAAGAAGCAUAAUUAUGGAGUCGCGGCAGCAUUAUAUACAGAGGUCACAUUUAACAUUGUUUUAAUUAAUCAAGUGUUUUUUUUCGCUAUCAGACAAAAAUAAAUAAAUCACACCAUAGCGGUUCUCCAAGCGAGCCCGACGCGGAUGUCCUUGCCGCGAGUUAGGCUGCAUCUCCGUCUGAAAGUGGAUCAUUCAUCAGCGGCAUCCAGAAACGGUAUCCUCCUCUUUGGCAUUAUAUCGGAUGGAAAGCAGAAGGGACAGCUAUCGUUUACAGGUACACGGGGUUCAACUGACCGAAUCUUGACCACUUGACUGUGAAACGUUAGUACUAUAGUUGUACCUCUUUGUACACACUGUUAUUUAUAAGCAUCUGGCGCUUCCCUGCUUCUUUUAAAGGGGGGAAAGGGAAUCCUUAUAGUAUUUUUCCAAUCAGUAUUAAUUCGCUUGACUGUGUUUAUAAUAUACAUUAACUGACUGUGUCGAUUAAUGUAUGCGUGUAGUUUGAUAUUUAUUAACUAAUUUGUAGUUAUAGGGAAUAACAUAUGCGGGUGGCUGUGCUAUCAAUUUUUGCUAGGUCUGAAAAAAAAUCACAUAGCACUACAGUAUUAAAAGCAAGAGGACAGUUUUGUAUAAUUUCAGAACAGCUGACAGGUUAAUAGCUCGAUCAACUGAACGAACGCUUGUCUGAAGAGGCGGAUAGCGAGAAUUAAAGACGGGAGGAGAUUGGGAAAAUGUUGCCUUCGCAAGAAGCCUCCAAGAUUUACCAUGAAAACUACAUGCGAAACUCCCGUGCAAUUGGUGUACUUUGGGCGAUAUUCACCAUCUGCUUCGCCAUCAUCAACGUGGUGGUUUUCAUUCAGCCCUACUGGAUCGGGGACAGCGUGAACACGCCGCAAGCGGGGUACUUCGGCUUAUUCCACUACUGCGUGGGAAACGGCGUCCCCAGCAGGGAGCUCUCCUGUCAGGGCACCUUCGCCGACUUCAGCUCCAUACCCUCGGGCGCCUUCAAAGCGGCCUCCUUUUUCGUUCUGCUGUCCAUGGUUCUGAUCUUGGGCUGCAUCGCCUGUUUCGCUCUCUUCUUCUUCUGCAACACCGCCACCGUCUACAAGACCUGUGCCUGGAUGCAGCUGCUGUGUGCUGUGUGUCUGGUCCUGGGCUGUAUGAUUUUUCCGGAUGGCUGGGAUGCAGAGGUGGUCCGCGACAUGUGUGGAGAGGAGACGGGGAAGUACACCCUGGGAAACUGCUCUGUGCGCUGGGCCUACAUCCUAGCCAUCAUUGGCAUCUUGGACGCCCUCAUCCUCUCCUUCCUGGCCUUUGUGCUGGGCAACAGGCAGAACGACCUGCUCCUAGAUGAAGUCAAGACUGACAACAAAGAUUGAAAUCCAGGACAGCAAAGACCCAAGGUUGGGAGGUCACUGAAUCCACUGAGCAGACCCCUCCUCUCUCAAACACGGCUCCUCUCUUACUUUUGCCCCUCCCUCCACUCUUCAGGCUCCGCCCCAGUCUUGAAGGCUUACAAACAGCCAUUUGUAAUAUAGAACUUGGAGUAAAUAUUUAAAAAUAUGGCAAGAACAGUCAACCUAGUUGUGUCUGCUUGGAGAAAAACAGAAAAGCGACAUGCAGGAGCAGCUUUCUCUAAUUACGACGAAAGUGGUGGUGACAACGAUGAUUGCAAUGACGACUUUGAAACACGUUACACUUUCCUGCAGCCGUGACGUUCUGUGGUAUGUAUUUCUGUAUGUUUUUGAUUUCCUUUGGAGAUACAGUUAUUUCCAAUAUUCAAAAAUGAGAAGAGAAGAGGAAUCCCAUGAGGUAAACAGUGACCAUCACUGACACAUCACGGGCGUCUGGGUGCUACCUUAGAGACAUUCAGCAAAACAAAGACCACUUCAUUUUGUACAACAGAAGGUGUAGUUUUGGACACUUUUAAAAUGACAGACAUUUCCCAAUCGAAAUUUCACUAUUUAAAACAUGUAUAAAGUUGUAAUAAUAUCCUUACAAGAAACAGGGUAAAAACAAAUCCGUCUCUGCAUCUCAUUCAGGUCAUUUGAUCGGGACCAGAAUUUACAAGGCUGAGUUUUCUAUACAAAAAAAUCACACAUACAAACACCCAGAAUAUUGUCAAUAUUACAUCCGUUGACUCCUAUAAUAGCUCUAAAUGAAGGGCAUCUUUUCAAAGAAAACCACAGUAAAGACUCUUCAAAUCUACAUCCUCAUUUCUUCUGCCUGACUAAAUGACCCGAGCAAUUUGAGAAGUCAUUGGAUAUGCUUCCACAAUCCCUUGCUCUCAUCUGACUAAUGUCGGCCAUCUUGGUUCAAUUUCACUUUGCCAGGGUAUAGGUCUCAGAGGAAGCGGCCUGACAACAGCAAAAGGCCUUUCCUCAUACACUUUUACUGGUUUAAUCUGGCUUGUACAUGUGAUUGGUAAAGCCCUGCAUGCUGCGAACAACUCAGGCCCCGAUGUUCUGACCACCCUCAGCCUUGAACACAUGACAAGAGCAAUGGAUGCCCUGGCCUGCUCUCUCAGCGAAUCAGUGGGAGACACCGAGGGCAGGCAGCCAUGCCACAUGGAUCGGCGCUGUGGCAGUGCACGUCUCCUUUGUAAACUUCCUGUUUCCAGAUUGACUGUGCUGUUUUGAUAGGAAGCAACAGGGUGUUUGGUGAUGGAAUGUAGGGUGUCUAGAGGGGUAUGUGUGUUUGCAGUCAACUAAGUAUUAACACCAAGUGUGGUAUGUUGACAACCAAAAACUGGGGAUUGAAGCCAGUGACAUGUAUUUUGAUAACUUCUGACAGUUUUGUAUUGGUCUGGAUUAGCAGUUAUGCAAAAUAAUUAGCAAAUGAUUAAAAUAUUGUAAUAAUAAUAGGGUUUUAUGAAUAAAUAGAUGCAAAUUGUAAUAAGGAAAUUUGUUGCCAGCGUUAGUAUAUAGUUUCCAGAAUUUUGGCGAUAAUAUAUUUUGAAAUUUAGAACUGUUCAGAUCAACUAAAUUGUGAGAAUUGAAUACUGCUGUAUAUGCUAUAAUAGAAUUUUCUGGAUUUUUACAUUCACCUUAAUAACCACACCUCUACAACAGGCUGGUUUCAAAUUUCUUAAUCAUGGCAAAAAUCUCAGGAAGCCAUAUUGUACACAACGGGACAUAAAUUUUGGUAAUGGUGAGCAAUAACAGUGAACGAUAAUGCUUUAUUCGCCGCUGUUUCACCUUAAUAGGAUGUUGAGUCUGCAGAGCACACAUUAUCGGCACAGCCAGUAUAAUUACCAGAGUGCUUUUCACCCAGAUUUUUUUCUUCUGCUCACUCCUGCAGAUACCUGCUGUGAACAUGGUGGGGGUGACACUGCUAUGACAAUUCGUAAACAAAUUCACAUUGAAAGCAUAAUUUUUUCUGGUCUAUCAGACUGCAAUAUCCCAGAAUCUUGAGAGAAUCUCAGAAGUGAGUUUCUGCUUUGUUCCAUCCAUCAUCCCAGUGAGUAGCCUGGUUAAUUACCGAUGUGCAAUCCAGAGAGACAUCAAAUAUGGCACUAGAUAGAUCUCAUCUGCAGCAUCUAAGAUGUGCGAGAAAAUGAGGCAGAGAAAUAGAUCGCUAGGAGAGAGUGAUUUCAAAAGUAGCUUGUGAUUGCUCUUCUCAAACGAUCACUUGAGAAAUAAAUCAUCUGUUAAUGUUUAUUUACGAAAGACGCGUUCGUCAGAUGGGUUUGCGAUGGAUGAAAUGUAGACAGCCCACCUGUUUGUGUGGGCUGGUACUUUUGCGCAAUGCAAGGUACUUGAAUUACUUUGGAAAACAUUCAGCUGUUUUAAAUGUCUGUGCCACAUGUAAAUUAUGUAAGUCCUCCCUUGGAUAUGGUUGUUAUCUAAGCUGAAAAGCAACUAUUUGAUGUCUAAAAGAGGUGAUCACACAUCAACACCAGGGAAGGUAUUUUUCCAUUUUGCAUAUAAAUAUAUAUAUAUAUUUUUUUUUUACAAGUUAGCUUGUUCGUGUUCUUUUUUAGGCCUCGACGUGAUCGUCUUUAUAAGCUAUUGAUGAAGAUUUCAAGGUACCUUAAAUUUGUAUGAAUACAUGUUUGCACUGAUAAACUAUCACCAGCUCUGUGCUUGAAAUGGGAGGCAUUGACUCGCCACACAUUACAGGAGUCACAUUACCAUGGCCAAACAAUAAUAAAAUGAAAAUGAGAGAAGAAAUAUUCUUAUUAGUGUUUAUGAGUGUGAGUGUUCAGUGUUCAGAUAUGAAGCCUACACUGUAGUUCCGGGGCAAUAUGGCACAGAAAUCCCCCUCUCCGGUCUACACAGGAUUGUCUGGGAAAGAUGGAAGCUGCCUCUGCAAGCAGCAGGGGUCUCAUUAUGGGCCCUUCUGUCUUUAUUCUGGAAACCCUUGACUUCCUGCACGGGGUGUCUGAGAAAGACUUUGGCUGCGCGGUAGGAAAUCUCAGAGGAUCCAGAGAUGGUAGAGAUUUGACCCAAGAUCUAUGUGCUGCGUGAUGAUCACCAGACCUAUAACGUGUAUAUAAUGUGCUGGUCUCGUUGUUUAAAUGUUUUGUUGGGUCUCAGAGUUCAUAAGCCCACUUCAAGGGGCUGUGGUAUUGAUCUAAAUGGCAUGGUAAAAAAAGCUUGAUAUUAUUUCCUUCAUAUCAUUACGAGUAUGUACCUUUUAAAAGUGGACACUUCUUCUGAAAGAGAUAUUUUAUAACAAAUGGACAGGUUCCACCAUUAUAGUUUUUUGAAGUAUGGAAUAUAAGAAGUACCAUAUCGUCAUCAUUAUGUUCUCCAUAAUUAGCUUGGAUAGCAAGAGAUUGUGUAAUGUUUCAUGUGUCGGAAAUACAAACACCUAUACAACCCUACUAUUUUUAAGCAAAAGAAACAUCCGAACGAUUGUCAAGACAAAAUGAACAAAAAACAAACUAAAACCCUGUAACCUUCGAAUAUCAAAGAAAUGUAAACACUAUUAUAUAUUGUGUCUCAACACACAUAUACGUCUGGUUGCCAACUCUGAGACCCUGGAGCACAUGUUUCUCUGGUGAUGCAUGAGUGAUAAUAUAUUUUGGAAUUUAGAAUUAUCCUGAUCAACAAAAUUGUAAAAACUGAAUACUGCUGCUUUGCAAGAGCACAUUUCCAGUAAUCUGAUUGCACAAAUACAUUAAUUGAAACUACUCAGACGUUAUUGUAAAUAAAUAUACAAAGUAGUCAGUUUUACCAUAAAUUGUCAUGGGUACCAUUUAGCACCAUCUAGUGAGUCUGAGUGAGUAAGGUGAUGAUGAUGAUGAUGAUGAUGAUGAUGAUGAUGAUGAUGGUAAGGUAUGCUCUGGAGCAGCGUUUCCCAACCCGGUCUCCGGGAACCCACAGGCGGUCGACGUUUUUGUUCCCUCUCAGAUCUCUGCCGGACAGUCCACAGUUUUGCUUACAGCUGCAGGUCCACAAGGACUGGAUUGAAAAGCACUACUCUGUAGGGUUUAGGAAGGGCUAUGUGCCAGACCCACUGCAGGGACUGGACUAGGGUAAUACCUGCCUUUCACUUGGUUGACUUUCCUGGUACCUCCUCAAAGACUAUGAGCGUGCAGCUGUGCAUUUGGUAUCUGCGGGGAGCAGGUGUCUGAGACAGACCACUAAAGCAGACACAUGUCUGAGCUGAGUGGGUCCGUAGUUCUUCAUCACUGUUCAACACACUGUAAAUUCUGAUUCCCUUAUCAGAAGCCAAUUUUAAAUGUGCCAAAAGAGUUAUCAAAACUGUGCAAUUGUCUUUUUUUCAUUUAAAGUAUAUGCAUUGCAUUUACUUUUUUAACUAAUUUGAUUUAACUGAUUAUGCAUUUGGCUCAUUUAGAGUGUAAGAGUAAGGUGUGAUGUCAUGAAAAGUGAAUGUUUAUGCAAGGUUGUCACCGAGGAGGUGAGAUGUCACAUGAGUGUGCUCAAAGAGUACGUGUGCAUACAUUACAAAGUGUAUUAAAACUCUUUUGUGUCACUUCAUGCUGUUUCAAGGCCAAGAGCCUUGAAGUUAAUUUAAAUAAGUUAAAUAAGUUAAUUUAUGUUGAUAUUGGUUUAUACAUUCGGUAACAAUGUCAAAGAUACCAGGGAGUUAAUUUGUCACUAUUGCAGUUUUUCACAAUAAUUGACAAAAAUGUAAUUAUUGAUUUUAAUCUUUAAAUCUCUUUACCAUGAGGUUAAAAACUCCAAACUAGUAGCUUUCGCCUGGGUGAAUAAUAUUGUAGCAUUUUGUUUGAAUACCUUUUUGCAUUUAUGAUUCCAGGGAAUAUUCCCUGGGAUAAUACAGUGUGAAGCACUGGUUUGCAAGGAGCUUCAAUCCACUGAAAUUUCCAGGUCAACUGCAUGAAUGUGUCAACCUUCCAACACUGAAAUGCCAUGUCUUGGGAUUUUCAUUC